AUGAUGAAAGGAUAGAGGGAGGAGAGCAGGAUGAGUAAACAGACUGACAGACAGACAGACAGACAGAAGAGACAGAGCGAGAGAGAGAUAUCUAGCUUUUCAUCAUGGAGGUCAUUAAGACUGCACUCAUCUUCACCACUCUCCUUCUAUCAGUUUGGGCCCAGAAGCCGGUCGUAUCCGUCGAGCCCCGCAGUGUGUCGGUGAAUCAGGACGAAACGGUGAGCUUGAGGUGCCGAGUGACCAGCGGUGCUCAGCCUAUCCAGCUUGUGUGGAAACGAUCCAACAACCAGCCGCUAGCAGAUAAUGUUAAAGUGGGUCCUGAUGGUUCUGUACUGACCGUUGCCUCUGCUCGCCCCAGUAACCAGGGGCAGUACCGCUGCAUAGCAACCAACGCCCAGGGCAAAGGAGCCAUCAUGGUGACACUGGUUGUGAAGCAGCCUGCAAAGGUGCGUGUGACCCCUUCUGGCCAAGUGCAAGUAAAAGUGGGUGGAGUCGCAUCUCUGCAUUGCCAUGCCUCUGGAAAGCCCCGCCCCUCCAUUUCCUGGUUUAAACAGGAAGCAGGAAGAGAAAUUGCACUGGUUUCCACGGAAACGGACACCAGUUUGACAGCAAAGGUGUCUGUGUCAGCAGUGCAGGAUGGUGGGACAUUUGUGUGUCGAGCCCAAAACAAGGACGGCAUGUCUGAGGAGAAGGUGGAGCUUAGUGAAGGCGGAGCCAUCGAGCCCAAGGCUUCAAUUCACCAGACCGACAUGACUGCUAUCGAGGAACAAACGGUGACGAUGCACUGCUCAGCAACCGGUGUCCCCACUCCUGUAAUCGAAUGGUCGAAGUUGCGAGCUCCAUUACCGUGGCAGCACAGGGUAGAGGGAGGAACCCUGACACUCAGCAACGUCGGGCGACAGGAUUCGGGUCAGUAUAUAUGUAACGCUACAAACUCGGUGGGAUACAGUGAAGCGUACGUGCAGUUAGAGGUGGACACUCGUCCCUACACCACCACCAUUCCUGACCGCGUGGCCGCGAAACGCGGCGACUCGAUGCGCGUGCAGUGCAUCGCUCACGGCUCUCAUCCAAUCAGCUUCCGUUGGGCACGCAUGGGCGGGGCUGCGAUGUCCUCGGGAGCGAAGACCACCAAGGACGGCGUGCUGACGAUCGCUCAGCUUAAAGUGACCGACGGCGGGACGUACAAAUGCGUCGCCACCAAUCACGUGGGCCACAGCGAGGCGUUCGUCAGCGUCACGGUCAGAGCAUGAAUGAUGACUGGCAUGAGGACGAUCAUCAUCUCCUCCUUUCAUGGGAGUGAAAACGACGGAGUGUAAUCAUUUUUUCUAUUUUUUAUGACUUUAAUCCCGAGCGCUCAGACGUAACCCGCCGCAUCGGAUACGUCACAGAGAAUCGGACUCUCUCUUCAGCUCUAUAAACAGGCCAAACUGUAGAACAUUCCGGCACUGUGCUUUCGUCCUUUGUUAAAUAAACACAUAAUAAAUGUAUUAUAUGGCCACA